AAUGACUUUUGUGACACGAUUUUUGGGAUUUCAAUUAUGGUCGAAAACGGAGAGUUCUUCUUCCGCAGAGCUACUAAUAUUUGUGUAGGUACUCACUGCGUUAGGAAUUUACUUGAGGUAUCUUCUGGUCAGUUAGUAGUGUAGUGACAAUGCAAAUACUACUAUAUAUUAAUGAAGAUUUGCCGAAGGCGCUGAGAGAUAUUUUUAAGUACGCCAGGGAUUUGAAGAGAGGAGGAUUCAAGUAUGUGUGGUGUAGAAAUGGCCAUGUUUAUGUGAGGAAAGAAGAUGUUGGCGCGGUAGUGAAGAUUGAACUUUAUUCAUAAUGUAAAAAAAAAUAAAAAU